AAAUUUAAGAAAAAUAAUACUUAUAAGACAGUAAAUAUGAGAUCGUUGUUAUUUAGAUGUUACAGAUCCUUUUUUUCCAGCUCAAAAAGGAGCAUUUUAAGCCGUAAACCGUUAAAAUCAUCUCAAGAAUUAUCUUUACCGUCUUAUGUUCACCCUAAAAGGAUAAAACAAAAGCAAAUUCCAGAAAGAACAGGUCUCUUAGCACGUAAAAGAGGGAUGACAGCAGUAUGGACACAAGAUGGGGAGCGAAUUCCUGUAACAGUACUUCAAGUAGAUCGUCUUCAGGUUAUAGAGAUACGCACAAAAAAGAAAAAUGGUUAUAAUGCUGUUCAAGUUGGAAUGGGGUCGAGGAAUCCGAAAAAUAUCUCUAAAGCAAUGCUUGGGCAUUUUGCAAAGGCGAAAGUACCACCAAAAUCAAAAUUAGUGGAAUUUAGAACAAAAGAGCCAGUAGAAUCUUUGGUUCCGGGUACACAAUUAUUUGUAAAUCAUUUUCAAGAAGGAACUUUUGUAGAUAUACGUGGUAAAAGUAUUGGAAAGGGAUUUUCGGGUGUUAUGAAAAGAUGGAAAUUUCACGGCCUUCCUGCAUCACAUGGUGUAUCUAUUUCUCAUAGAUCGUCCGGUUCAAUGGGACAAUCACAAGAUCCGGGAAGAGUGUUACCAGGGAAAAAAAUGGCGGGGAGAAUGGGAGGAAAAAAUGUUACUAUACAAAAUGUUCCUAUUAUUAAAAUAGACCAUGAAAAUGGAUUAAUUCUUGUUAAAGGAUCGGUUCCUGGUCCUGAUAAAGGAUAUGUUACUAUAAAAGAUACUAUAAAGAGGGCACCUCCUAAUUUAUCUAGUUAG